AUGAACUAUAGGAGUAUGAUGGUUGAUAUCAUGUUAUUUGCCUGUUAUUGUCUACAGCUGACUCUCUCUCUCGCUCUCUCUCUCUGUGUGUUUCUUUCUACUUCCCCCUCUCUCUCCCUCCAUCUCUUCCUCCCUCCCUCCCUCUCUCAGAAAGCGUACUGCGGCCACUGCAGUGAAAGGAUAUGGGGCCUCGGGAGGCAGGGCUACAAGUGUAUCAACUGCAAACUGCUGGUUCAUAAGCGUUGUCACAAACUCGUCCCUCUGACCUGUCAAAGGCAUAUGGAUCCAGUCAUGCCCUCCAAGGACCCCGUGGCUGACGAGCGGAGCGAAGAAAUAGGGCGCCCCCCAGAGGACUCUGAGGACGCUGACGGAAUGUUUUUGCCACACAACCGGAAAGUGGACCAGACUGAGGACGACUCUGAGGAGCUGAAGGCUGUGGUGGACGGUAUUGACGGUGUGAAGAUCUCAGAGGGUCUGGGUCUGGGAGACUUCGACAUGAUCCGGGUGAUCGGGCGCGGGUCCUACGCCAAAGUGCUGCUGGUACGCCUCAAGAAGAACGACCAGAUCUACGCUAUGAAGGUGGUCAAGAAGGAGCUGGUCCACGAUGACGAGGACAUAGACUGGGUUCAGACAGAGAAGCACGUGUUUAAGCAGGCCUCCACUAACCCCUUCCUGGUUGGGCUCCACUCUUGUUUUCAGACCGAGAGCCGGUUAUUCUUGGUGAUUGAGUAUGUUAAUGGCGGAGACCUCAUGUUCCAUAUGCAGAGACAGAGGAAACUUCCAGAAGAACAUGCAAGGUUCUACGCUGCUGAGAUCUGCAUUGCCCUGAACUUCCUGCAUGAGAAGGGGAUCAUCUACAGGGACCUGAAGCUGGACAACGUCCUCCUGGACCAUGACGGCCACAUCAAGCUCACUGACUACGGCAUGUGCAAGGAGGGGAUCCGACCUGGAGACACCACCAGCACCUUCUGUGGAACGCCCAACUACAUCGCCCCCGAGAUUCUGAGGGGAGAGGACUACGGCUUUAGUGUAGACUGGUGGGCUCUGGGUGUGUUGAUGUUUGAGAUGAUGGCUGGCAGAUCUCCGUUCGACAUCAUCACCGACAAUCCAGACAUGAACACGGAGGAGUACCUCUUCCAAGUUAUUCUGGAGAAGCCUAUUCGCAUCCCAAGGUCCUUGUCGGUGAAGGCUGCAAGUGUGCUGAAGGGCUUUUUAAAUAAGGACCCGAAGGAGCGGCUGGGUUGCCAGGUUCAGACGGGAUUCACCGACAUCAAGUCUCACACGUUUUUCCGCACCAUAGACUGGGAGCAGCUGGAGAAGAAGGAGGUAACUCCGCCCUUUACACCUCAGAUUGCAGAUGACUACGGCCUGGACAACUUCGACACGCAGUUCACCAACGAGCCUGUGCAGCUCACACCAGACGACGAGGAUGUGAUUAAGAGAAUAGACCAGUCUGAGUUUGAGGGCUUCGAGUACAUCAAUCCACUGCUGCUGUCUACAGAAGAGACUGUAUGAGAAGGGCCAUCUGUCCCCUUCUGCCCAUCUCUCACACACACACACACACACACACACACACACGUGCAAACACACACACACACACACACACACACACACACACACACACACACAGUGAGGACCUCAGCACACAGACGCACUAACUUUAACUUUGGGGCAUGAGGCACGUGAGACAGAGGACGCGGGAGGGGGACACGAGACGAGAUGUCCUCCUGUUGUCCUCUGAUGGAGUCCAGGAGGGGGACACGAUGUCCUUCCUGUUGUCCUCUGGUGGAGUCCAGGACUGAGGAAUUGUCUCUGGGGAUCCCUUGUGCGUCGCUCAAUUCUGGGACACGACUGGAAGAGGAGCCGCUCUCACGGACGCCCUCUUUCUCC